CUGAACUUGAGAGAAUGUUAUCGUUAAUUCUGUGGUUGUUUUAAGCGCAUUUCGCUGUCAACAUGGACCGAUUUGUGGUUUUGCGAUGUUAUGUCGGCGUGUUGGUUAUCUUUGUAAGCGCCGACCUGUGGGCGGUGGAGGGCUGCUCGGAGCUGGUGAAGUCGACCCGGUAUCACUUGGACACAUACAAGAACACAUGCUACAUGUUCGUCAACCAGGAGAUGUACUGGGGCCAGGCCUCGCAGUACUGCUUCGACAUGGGUGGUGACCUCGUGGCCAUCACGAGGGCAGACAUCCAAGACUUCAUCAACAAGAAGCUGCGGUCACGUGAACUCGGCUGGAGAAACAACGGAGUGUGGAUUGGAGCCAGAUACUACGAGGACACGGGCUGGAUCUGGACAACUGGAGAGAAGGUCCAGUACGGUAACUGGGCUCGCGGCCAGCCUGGCAAGUUUCUCAACUGGAUAUCGUUUGAGAACUGUGCAGCCAUGAAGCGUGGGGAUAACUGGAAGUGGCAUGACUUUCACUGCAGACUGAUGAAGUUCCACUACAAGUUCAUCUGUCAGUUCCCAGCCACAGAACACCGCCCGCCUGAUACCCCUACGACAUCAGUCACAACCACAUCUACUUCCCAAUACCUAGCAAGUGAUGUUAAUGAUUUACACACCCUGAGUCCGGGAGUUUACCUAUACGUAGUGAAAGACAAUAAUGUUAAACAUUCACUGCUGCGGGUCUUGGAAGCUCAGGGUGUUGCACAGUCUGGGGCACAAGACAAUGGAAACACUCUCAUCCUUGUGGUGGUUAUCUCCCUUGCGGUGUUGUUAAUUCUAGUCAUGCUGAUUAUUUUCUUCAUUUACAGGAGGAGACAGCACGUGAAGCAUUCGAGAGAGGUGCCUGCCGUGCGCUUCGACAACCUGGCGUACUCCCAGAUCCAGGCGGGACAGCAGAACAUGGAAAACGCCAACCGGUCGCGACCCAACAGCAACAUCUACCUGACUCCGAGUGAGGUGAACGCACCGUACACUGAGCCCAGCCAGAUGUAUCAUGGGAACGGAAUGUACGGCAAGGAGGGUCUCGUGCGCAGCGACCCCCUCCCACCACUGCCCACGGCUUCCUCCAAUACGUCUAUGUCAAGGGAGGAGCAGGGGGCGUGUGGGGGCAGUGAAUCUUUGGCCAGUGAACCCCUGAUGAGCUUGGACAAACGUGCGGAUGUAAAAGCCAAACAAGUGGACAGUAACAGACUGAGUAAUGCCUACGUCGAUAUGAGUUCCCUGGACAAAGUGAGCGGUGCCGACUCGGGAACAACGAGCGUCAAAGUGCCACAGCCGGAUGUGGUUGAACCGGUGUACAGUAACAUUGUGUCUAGUCCGGAGAAGGUGGAGAGCCUGUACGAAGUCUUGCCGUGAGGUACUGGUACUGUGAGGAAAAGUCUGCUGUAGAUGUUGAUGCAGUGAGUGGAAAUCUACCUUAAGUAUUGACACUGUUUGUGGAUAAACCAGCUGCUUUAUGAGACACACAUGUACUGGAGAGACUCGUCUCAGGUGUCAAAACGGAGAUAUCCACCUCUUGUGUGCAAAAGUGAAAAUACCCACAUAAUGUGUGCAAACUGGAGAUAUCCACUGCUUGUAUGCAAAGUGAGAUAUCCAUCUCUUGUGUGCAAAAGUGAAAAUACCCACAUAAUGUGUCCAAACUAAAGAUAUCCACUGCUUGUAUGCAGUGAGAUAUCCACCUCUUGUGUCCAAACGUGCAUAUACCCACAUAUUGUGUGCAAAAGUGCAAAUACCCACAUAUUAUGUGCGAACAGGAGAUAUCCACUGCUUGUAUGCAAUGUAAGAUAUCCUCCUCGUGUGUGCGAACAGGUGAUAUCCACAUAUUGUCUGCCAACUGGAGAUGUUCAUCUCUUGUAUACAAACUGAAAUAUCCACCUUGUGAGUGCGAACUGCAUCUGUGCAACAAAAUGCAUGGCCUCUACAUACUGUAUACAUGGAAGCCGUUUGUGGAAGCUGCAUUCUUGAUGUUCACUGAACUAGAGAGACCUACAAGUAUUUGUAUCACAGAUGUUUACACCAUGCGUGCAAGCUAUCUACAUCAUGUAUGACAUGGAUACAGAUACACUUUGAUCCUAAAGCCUAGAUCACAUUAUACGAUGCAAUGCAACUCAACUGUUGAGUCAAGAGUCACAUUGUGCAAUGUGUAUUGAAAAAAAAAGAAGUUGUCUGCCACCUGUUUUUAGUCCGCCCAAUGGCAUUUGAUAUGACUGAACAUGUUUGGUCGCAGGCGAUGGUUCUCGUAUAGUGUGAGCGAUUCGUGGAUCGAGCCGCGACUGUUCAGUUGAGUCGCAUCAUUUAUUGUGAUCUAGGCUUUAACUGCCCUGGGCAUAAUGCAUAAUUUGUGAGACAAAAAAAAAUGGAAGUGUUUAUAGAUGUGUAUCUAUAACCGUGUCAUCCAUGAUAUCUUAUUACUGCGGUAGGAGUCCUUAGUGAGCUCUGUAGAAACUGUAAAUAUUUGCUGUGUGGGAACGACACCCAUGAGACAAAUAAUAUCAUCUACUGUAGAUGAGUGUAGCAAUUGCAGAGUGUCUUUACAAAACAAGUCCACGAGAGGUCAAUUUGUUGUUUCAGUGAUUGUAACGUCAUGUACAUGGUUUGUUUCAAUCUAGUGAGGGAAUUUAGCCCAUUUUGAGAUCACCAGUGUACUUGUGUAUACCACUGGUUUGUUUCAAUCUAGUGAGGGAAUUUAGCCCAUUUUGAGAUCACCAGUGUACUUGUGUAUACCACUGGUUUGUUUCAAUCUAGUGAGGGAAUUUAGCCCAUUUUGAGAUCACCAGUGUACAUGUGUAUACCACUGGUUUGUUUUAAUCUAGUGAGGGAAUUCAGCUAAUUUUGAGAUCACCAGUGUGCCCAGCAGUGUAUCACACAAGUUUCAACAAGUUCUCGGACUUGACAAGUUUUGUAGAAGAAAAGAAAACUUUGAUUAUUAAGUAUAUAUUCUCAUUUACAAGAGAUAUCUAUCGGAGAAUGUUUGCUGAUAAUUAAGUACGUCUCAUUUCUGAGUCACAACAGAUACCUGUCAGAGGUGAAUGCUUGUCCGAGAUGGUUAAUACAAAUAAAAAAACUAGGAUCAGUUUGCUGCUAAAUUAUACAGAUGUUUCUGAAAAAAUAGGCUUUUUUACUGAUCAAAGUUUCAUAUUAAAAACAUUUUCUUCUUUAGUAUAUCAAUAUCUGUAUAUUUGAAUUAUUAUUUCAUCUUCUAUGGGGUGUUGUUAAACAUUCAUUCAUUCAUUAUUACUUCAUCUGAUUCUGAUGUAAUAGUUUAACUACAUUUUAUUUCUCUUUAUAUAUAUAUAUAUAUAUAUAUAUACAUUUGUAGACAAAAUCCAGUUUCAAGUAAUAAUACUUGAAAUUACAAGCAUUAGGAUGAUCAGAAAGAGAAGAAACUGUAAUUAAUAUGUAACUUGAGUAUAUAAAUUAUUGAAUUGAAAUUGAAGAUUGGCAAAUUUUUUGGUGAAGAAAAAUCCUAACCCAGGGCUAGCCGUGCAGUAGGCUGUGUUAGUGGGAAACACAUUACAUUGGCAGCCAACUCCGAGCCGUUUCCUUAAAGGUGUAUUCUCACAGACCAUUGACCUGAACAAAAAUAAAUAACAGAAAAAUA